AUGCCGAGCUUUGAGGACGACCACAUCGAACACGCCACAUCGGACGCUGCCGACUACUCGACGUCGCACGGCGCGAUCGAGACCAGCGAAGCGAGCAGCGUCGCUGCUGUGCACGCUGCGAAAGCACCGACGCCCACGACGACCCCGCUCUUUGUUCUCAACUACAUUGUGUAA